UGUGCGUGCGGAAACGCGCGGAACCAGAGCUCAAAUUAGGUGCGGCCAUGUGGGGGGUCAUCGCGUACCUGCACAGCCCCGAUCUGGUGGCCGCUUUCCAGCGGUUUUGUGGCCUGGUACCGAAAGAGACCUGCUCUUAUGUCACUCAAAACGGACUCGUAAACGCGAAUGGUUCCGGUGAGGACGGUUUGGUCAAGAUUCACCGGCGCAAAGCGCAGCAGGUGGCGAACGGGACGUUACGCGCACAGGAGGACAGUAACUCCAACUAUAAAUGCACCAGUUCACAAUAUGACAACAAAGUCGGAAAGCAUCCUGGGUGUCAUUAUGAGGUGAAGAACUGGCUUUUGUACUUGCUGUUUGUGUCAUCAUCCACUCUGGGACAUGAAGUCUUUUACAUCAGCUGCCUGCCCUGCAUUCACUGGAACCUCGACCCGUUCCUGUGCAGACGCCUCGUCAACAUGUGGGCUGUGGUGAUGUAUAUUGGGCAGGUCAUGAAGGAUAUUUUAAAGCUGCCUCGUCCUUCAGCUCCCCCUGUCGUCAAAUUGGAGACGCGCGUGGAUGCAGAGUAUGGAUUGCCAUCCACACACGCCAUGGCAGCAACAGCCAUCUCAUUUACACUGCUUUUCAGUGCUCAGGAGAGAGUGAAGUUCCACUUUGAACUGGGAUUGAUUGUGGCCGUGGUUCUGUCUACGCUGGUGUGUCUGAGUCGUCUUUAUACCGGCAUGCACUCUGCUCUGGAUGUGAUCUGUGGAGUUCUAAUUUCAGCCUUCAUCAUGGCUGUAUCGUACCCUUACUGGGGAACCUUUGACUACUUGCAGUUGCACAGCCCGUUCUCUCCCGCAGUGGCGUUGGUACUGCCCCUCUUCCUGUGUUACGGAUACCCUGAGCUGGACCAUUACAGCACCACACGGGGGGACACCACCAUUAUUUUAGGAUGUGCGGCAGGCAGCUCAGUCGGUUACUGGGUGAAUGAGAGAUUGGGCCUGACCUUCGAUCUAUCCGGGCCCCUUCCAGUGAACCUGCCACCUCUGACCCCUGUGGCCUUCAGGCUCUGUGUUGCACGGUUCCUGGUUGGGGUGGGAUUUCUGGUACUGACCCGACAGACAGUGCGAUGGGUGAGCCUGCGGGUGUUCUGCUGGGUUUACGGAGCAUCUGUGAGUGACACAGAAGCUCGCCGGAGGAAAGAGAUCGAAGUGCCGUACAAGUUUUGCACGUACACGGCCAUCGGACUGGUCAAUAGUAUCAUUGUAAACCGAGUGUUUGUAAUGAUGGGACUGUGGGAUUUGGGAAAUGGGAUUUCUGUGUAAUUUUACUGAGACAGAAAUCAGCGUUAACAAACAUGGUACUCAAGGGAAUUCCACUCUGUAAACCUUUGGAGUGUUGUGCAGGAUUUGUUAAAUCUAGUACUGUAGGUUCAUCUUUAGUUUUGAAAUCAUUUUGAAAAUUGCAAAAUUGCUUCAAAAUUUUUCAUUUUGAAAAUUGAUUUUCCAUGUUUUCACUAAUUAUCAAUGUUGCAUAUGAAAUUUGCAUCUGUGGCGACAAAGAAUGAUUUGGACUCACCUCAGUUUGUAAAAACAAAUCGUGUUAAUAGAAAGGCACUUACGAUAGACGUCUAUGGGGAAACUGCUCUAAAAGUGUAACUGUCAAGGCUUUUUUGUUUUGUUAUUAUUUUUACCCGCAUAAUUAUUUUCACAUCCACAAUUGAGUUCAGGCUUUUCGUUUAAAAAAAAUGCUUUGAUUUUGUGAAACUUACGCCUCUCAUCCACACUAGAACACCAAAUGUUCUUUUUUCGCACCAAAUUAAUGUUAACACUCAUAUUGUUUGACUUGUGGCUAUACUUUUGAAACUGUGAGUAUUUUAACAUUUACAUUCCAUUGUAAGUGCCUCAGUGACUACGUUUACAUGGACACCAAAAAGCGGCUUAUUGCGAGAAAGCAGCAUUCCCGUUUUCAUGCACUGUAUAAACCCCAUACCCUUCACUCCCGUAUACAAGUGGCUUGGUCAGUAAGCAGCUUUCUCCACAGCAAUGAAAUUUACCCACGACCCUCGGAUGGUAUCCGAGGAAGAUUUUGCUAUUUUAUUCUCUGUUGCUUCGCUUUAUUUCCAGAUAUUCCAGAGGUGUUUCUGUAUUUGUUUUCUUAACUUUCCAUUGCGACCUGCAAUGAAUUGCGCUGCAAUACUGGGAUUUUCCUCUUACGUAAAACUCUGAGAUUGACCCUAUGUACGUUUGCAUAUACGCAAAUGUGAGGGACAGUUGGUAUUUUACAUUGGUAUGUAUAAAUGGAUGGCUUGGGAUCGAUGCCUUUUUCACGCAGGGCUGCUCAAUUCACAAUAGUCUUUGUCCAGACAUAUUUCUCAACACAGCUUUGGUAAAGUGUGAGCAGCAGGGUUAAUUAAAGGGGGUCGCACACUAGACGCAUCUGGUGGAUGACAUGGCACGUUCUAAUAUUCAAAACAAUUAUUUAUUUUCCACAAAGGUAUAAACACAACGCCAACGCUCAACGUCAUCAUUCUGAAGUGUCACGGAGCGCAAGUGGCAUAGUUUUCCAUUAAAUUCAACCCAAAUCAUUAUCAAAGGACAAAGAUUAUUUACUCUAGUACAACUGGAUGAUAUAUUGUGUAUAAGUGUCUUUCAUAGAGCCUACACAAUGUAUUUUCAGUAACAAGUAUGUAUUUUUGUGGUUUGACAGCUGGAAUGAAAGACCUAUUCAUGGCUACAUGCAGAGAAAUUGCAUAAUAAACAUUGUGCAGUUACACCAGUUUCACUAACCUGCAAACUCAUCAACGUCACUUUCUUUCUUUAAGAAGUACAAAAACAUUUGUAACUUUGGACUGCCAUCUGCACCGCUUCAGCUUGUCCUGUGUGUGUGUUUGUGUGUGAGCGUGACCAGCUUCAGUACAUUUUAUAUCGCCCUCUUGUGGUCUCCCAACACUAUUACGCCAGACUGUUAAACAGAGGCCAACUGAGUGAAUUGGAAAGCAUGACAAUUGGGCUUCUAAUUUAAAUGUCGGCUAAUUUUAAUAUAUCGGUGCCUCAAAAAUAUAUCAAUAAAAUAAUGUGCCGAUCAAUAUUUUAUGACAUUCCUAAUAAAUGGGUAUAGUUUAUAGUGCAUGUGCUUUUUCCAUUUGUUCUCAGAAUUUUUUGUAAUUCUUUCCGCUGUGUUGAUUCGUUGUUGGGCUCCGUCCUAUGACAUUUGUUAUCUGGUCUGUUCACGCACAUGCACACCCUUCAAACACCCCAUGGCCACAAUAAGCUGCGUUUUCAACCCUAGGUGUGUUAAACCGCUUCCUCUUAAUACCUUAAAUGGCAUAGGGAAAUCAGCAUUCUCAUUUACAUGAUGUUUCAGAACGCCACUUUCUGCAAAAGUGCAUGUAAACGUGGUCACUGUAACUGCAUUUUUUGCUUUUUUUUUUUUUUGAAGAAAACUCUCAAUUAUUUUCUUUUUUGUAAUAAUCAACAUUAUGCCAAAUGCUAUUGAUUGAUCUUAAUUUUUAUUGCACCCAGAAUAUCCAUUUAAACAUAAUCUGUGGCACGACAACCACGGAUUAAACCUGGUAUUGAAAAAGAGACUAAGUCUGAGGCUGACCUCUGUAUGUAUCUGGGAAACAGUUUUGCGAUCUGGACCUUCAACGUUAUAAUUGUCUAACAUACUUCAAUACCUCUAUUCUUUUUUAAAAAAAAAUGUAAUCCCCUUUUUCUCCCCAAUUUGGAAUGCCAAAAUCCCGCUACUUAAGUAGGUCCUCUUGGUGGGGUGGAUCACUCACCUCAAUCCGGGUGGUGGAGGACAAGUCUCAGUUGCCUCCGCUUCUGAGACCGUCAAUCCACGCAUCUUAUCACAUGGCUCGAUGUGCAUGACACCGCGGAGACUCGCAGCAUGUGGAGGCUCAUGCUACUCUCCGCGAUCCAUGCACAACUUACCAGGCACCCCAUUGAGAGCGAGAACCACUAAUUGCUACCACGAGGAGGUUACCCAAUGUGACUCUACCCUUCCUAGCAACCGAGGCCAAUUUAGUUGCUUAGGAGACCUGGCUGGAGUCACUCAGCAUGCCCUGGAUCGAACUCGCGAAUGCAGGGGUGGUAGUCAGUGUCAAUACUCGCCGAGCUACCCAAUACCUCUAUUCUUAAGUGCUACAACUGCCUUCUCUGUUAAUAUUUUUGUUUUUUACCAUGUGGUUUGAACUUUUAUAUUUAUUACAAACUACUAAAAAGCAGAUUUUGUACUUUGAGCUGCUCGGCACAAGAUUCAUAACUAGACACUGUGAAAGGAAUGAAUAAACAGUAAAAAUCAACCUUGAGAAAAAUGUCUUCUCCAUCUGUUUGUUUUAAAGUUUUACAAUGUUGAUUUGGAAAAGACUGUUUGUAGUAGAGGGCUUGAAAGGGUUUAACAGUCCUUUAUGACUCCUCAAUAUCUACAAACACUACAAAAACCACAAACACGCCUCUCAUGUACCCACAAACUCUCACACGUACAGUGUACACACAGACGAUCCUUUCGUACACAAAAAUUAAAGACUGAUUAUAAUAGUCUCUAAUAACUUUCUCACAUAAACAUGCAUGCAUACAAGUAGUCCGGCAAACACGCUCAAACACCAAAAAAUGUUAAACAAAUCUAAGCUAUCUUAGAUUAAAUCUUCUUUCAA